AUGCACUGCAGGCAAACGUCACUUCACUCACAGCCAAUCUCCACGGCUUCACACCGCGGACAGUGCGCCGCCCGCUGUCCGCGCCGUCACACACCCGUCAACCGUACGAAGAAAUGGACGUCGACUGGGGCGUCGACUGAAUUGCCAACACCGGUGGUGGACCUUUCUGGUCAGGAACUGAACGCGGAGAGCCUGGAAUCACGGCUCUCAGAUGCAGCUUCAUCUCAAGAGGACGACGGCCAGGCGCCCCGGUCGCUGCUUCUUGAGCGCAACAGGCUGGACAGGCUGCCAUCGGCAGCCCUGGCGCCCCUGGGACUGCGGUUGCACACGCUUGACGUGAGCAAUAACGGAUUGACCAGUUUGGGCGAACAACUACCGUGCCCUUCUCUGCGCGUAUUGUUGGCGCGAGGCAAUCGUCUCAACGAGCUGCCCAAGCAGUUGCCGUCGCUACUACAGGUGCUCAACUUGUCGGGCAACCAGUUCACCACACUGCCCGAUCAGCUGACGCAGCUUGCCGAACUUCGCCACCUCUACAUGGGUGGCAACUUGCUGACCCAGCUACCGGACUGCGUCGGAAACAUGCUCAGCCUGGAGGCUCUCUACCUGGGUGGCAACCGACUUGAAGAACUGCCAGCGUCAUUGGGUCGACUGUGGCGGCUGCAUAGCCUGGGGCUGAAUGGCAACCGUCUAGCCAGUGUGCCGGCCUCGCUAGCCGACUUGCGCAGUCUGUGCUCGCUGGCGCUGCAUGACAACCGGCUGCGCACGCUGCCUCCUGGACUGGUGCAAUUGGGCCAGCUUGUUGAGCUGAGUUUGCGCGGCAAUCCACUGGUCGGCCGCUUCGUGCACGACCUUACGUACCGGGCACCUAGCCUGCGGGAGCUUGCUGCCCGCUGCGUGAUUCGCGCAGGACUUCACAAGUCAUACGAGGCGAGCGUCUACCUGCCAGCCAGUGUGCGCGAGUACCUGGCUUCGGCACAACACUGCGUCAAUCCACGCUGUGGCGGCGUCUACUUCGACAGUCACGUGGAGCGCAUCCAGUUUGUGGACUUCUGCGGCAAGUACCGACUGCCGUUGUUGCAAUACCUGUGCUCUGCGCAUUGCAGCUCGCAGCUGCAGGCCGACUCUCCUGCUUCUCCAUCGUCGGUCCAAGAUCCUGUAGAAGAGGACCCCGACCGCUUGCGACGUGUGCUGCUUGGCUAAUGUUGUGGGCUUUAAGGAUGUGUGGCACACUUUGGCCGCAGUUAACAUCAAAUGGACCAUGUCGUGUCAUGGAUUUCCGUGCAUGUGGAGUGUGCACAUCAUUGCCACACUGCAGACGUGAUUAUGUUAAGACAUAAAGACACGGUACAGAAAGAACCUCGCAGCAUCUUGAGGCAGAGCACACAUUUUCUCCGACUUGUAUUGCCAUGAGAUUUUUAGACGCCCUGGAGACAGGUGUCAUGUGUCACAAAACGAUUGCAAAUUUCAUUUGAAGUUUUAAGAAUAUGCCGGAUGGUUCACAAAGAGGUAGUGUUUUAUAACUCCUUACACAGUUUACAAAUGCUGACGACAAGAAAAAAAACCUGCACUGCAGGUUUUAGGGUGACUUUGCUGGUAAAGCUGCAUAUAGCUUGAAAUAGGUCGCAGCGAAUUGAAACAAAAUGCUUGAUCAAGAUAAGUAAGUGGCCUCUGUUCAAUUCUUGAGCCACUGUGAUCAUGAGUAUUAAUAUCUGUCAAUUUUUUGUCUUUCAUAAAUGACAGUCUGCAUUACAUUACUAAACAUGCCCAUUACUAUAGAUUAUGGGCUGGAUUUCAUCAAGUUUGCUGUUUUCUGUUUACAUGUACUUUAGUACACAAUGGAAAAACGCAUCUCUGAAAUUUCAACCAAAGAGUUAAUGUGUACAAUAUUGGCUCACAUUUCUAUUGUGAGGCUUUAAUUUCUUCGAGUACUGCUGCCAUUCUGCAAACAUUGGACUCUAGCUCCCCAACAAGAGCCUCUUGAAAGUAUUGGCACACUUAUAGACCUAUAUUAAUUAAUGCUAUGCCUGACAUCUGUACUUUCACCAAGAUAUGCAUUGUUUGGACAUAAUUAAGAUGUGUGCUAAUUUUUUAAUGUGCCUAAUUUCAGACAAAUAGACUUAAUAUGAGUAUAGCAUUAGUGGGUUGUCAUAUUUGAAGAGGUAUAUUUAAGAUAUUUAACAAUAGACAGAUGACACUAGUGCAUAUUUGGAAACUUACACAAUACAAGCAUUGUUGAUAGCAUAUCAAGAUUGCCCUUUCAGUUUAUUGAUGCUUACACUUAUGUAUUUCGUAAUGGAAGAAAUGACUUCAGUUAUUUGAAGGUGUUAAUGAACCCACUGAUAUUAUGACCGGUUAGCUAAUUUUAUUGAAUAUCACUGUUUUUAAAAAGAAGAAAAGUGCCGACUGAGAGGUGUCCUUGUAUGAAUUCGUAUGCAUGUAAUCAUUUCCCCUUCUCUGUAGAGGCAAUUCUUGAAGGUUUACUUCACAAAUAUUGCUAGUCACAAUGUUCUGUCUUAUUAAUCUGUUCGCAGUAAACAGUUAAUUUAAAACUGAUAAGGAAAGUGCUCAAAAUAAUUAAAAUUCGAAUAAUGAAAAUGUUU